UCCAUUUGUUCGACAACCAUGCUAAUCAGCUGUUCUUGUUAUCUAGACCGCACUUUGAUCGGCUUUUGAACGAACUAUGCUAAAGUCAACAUUCCAUUAGGAUGGAUUUUCGGAAUGCCCGUGCCCGGCAACCGGAAAUUGUACGAUCCGUACAGAAGGAUGCUCGCUACACCAACGAGCUAGCUGAGGAUUUCUCGGAUGUCCUGCGGCUAACAGGUCCUCGGAACUGGAUCAAGUACAACCAAAUGUGCAGGCUGCUGGCAGAACUUAGUUACCAUGGAUUCGCAUCGAUCAACAAUCUGCAAACGCUGGGCGAGGAAUACACAGGCAUCAUACAGGUGGACGAGAACUACAAGCACAUUCCCAGCAGGAUGCUGCAACUCGUGGCCAUUGUCCUGGAGUUUGGUGGAGACUCGCUCUUCCAAAAUCUGCUUAAAAAGCUGGACGUCCUGAUAGCCAAUCAUGAUGAGAUCCGACCCGAAGCCAAGCAGCAGCUGAAGAAUAUCAUUCAGCGACUGCGACAAUCCCCCAGCUACGUGAAGGCGUUACACAAGUCCCUUUUUUACUUGGACGCCAGCAAAUAUCAGCUCUCGAAGCGCACUACCGGCAUCAACUAUGUACUCAUCCGCCAUUGGCUGCAGCCGGAGUUCUCACUGUAUGGUUACAAGAUCCUUGGGGUGAUUACGUUUCUGCAGGUGACUGUUUCGCUGGCCAUCAGUGGAUGGGAUGCCUGGCGGGAGCACAAGCGCCAGCAGCUGGAGACCUUAAAGAAGGUGGGAAAGAAAUUCCUUCUGCGAGGAUCCAGCGUAAACGAGACAGAGUCAGAUGCGCCGCAGUGCAUCCUCUGUCUGGAGCCUCGUACGAACAGUAGCCUGACUCCAUGUGGGCACAUUUUCUGUUGGUCUUGCCUGUUGGAAUGGUUGGAGGAGCGAGACGAGUGUCCCUUGUGCCGGGAAUCGUUGAAAAAGUCACAAGUGAUACAACUACAGAACUAUGCCUAAGUUAACAUGUCUGAUUUUGUGUGUCCAUGCCGCUUUUGUGCUGAUGAUGGAUCAAAAGUUCAAUUUUGUAUUUUUAUAUUUUAUGCGUGUAGUUUAUUUUCCGAAUAAUCAGAAUUACAAUUGGUAAACAAGUCUGGUUUAAAUGUACUGCUAAGAUGUAUAAUUGGUGAUCGUCCAAACUAAUCGAACUUAUUGCUAAUAUGGUAUUUUAUUUUUGAACACGUACAUUAUGGCAUUAUAACAGAAAUAAUUAAAAGUUUGGAGAUUUUUUUAUAAAUGUUUGGGUAGAUACAUUUCUUCAUCUCCUAAAUAGGUUUAAUAUCAUUUUUGUAUAUUUAUACAUUUUAUAUUUCGAUUUUUUCAAAUAAAACUAUGUACAUACAAUCUGUA